UAAGCGCUCCUUUGGACACUUGUAAAAUCUUUUGACGGCUUGGCAAAAUUUCCCCGGGUUUUGAUAUGGACCUCCGCCGAGCUGUGUCUGUGUUUCUAUUCCUGUCGCCAUGGCGAUGAAGGCACAGAUAGGUGUCGUGGCAACCGUGCCCCUGGAAUCUUGGUCUGCAGACUAGCAGCUGUAUUUACCCAUGAGUUCAUCUGCCGGGAUAGACACUAAAACCCGGCCAGGCUCCCUCUGUGUAUGUGUGUGUUCGGCGUGUUUAUCCAUGCAUCUGCUCGCUUGCCCGGUUGGUGUGUAUGCUGGAUGCAUGUAUUUGGGUGAUACUCCCUCCCGGACACAGAGGAAAGGGCAGCGGACAGACACAAAGCCAACAGAGCUGGGACAUCACAAAAAGAGACAGGAGGCUUUGGGACGGACUAAGUUUAAGGGCCAAAAGAGUGGAGGGGAGGGGAGGGGGGGGGGGGGGGGGGAGACAGGAUUGUGUUUGUGGUUGUAGGGGGCAGUUGUUAGCCUUCCUAUCAUGGUGUGACAUGCGACAGAGCAGAACAACAAACACAGAUGGAGGGAUUUUGACUAAGGACACGCACUUUCCUCUCUCCUGUCUUUUCCCAUCAUUUCCUGCUCUUUGCUUUCAACAACUUAUUAUCCAUUUCUCCUACUAAUGUCUGAUUCUCUUUCUGUCAAAUGUUCUUUAGUGCAGCUUGUCGGCUACAUCUUUUUUGACAAGACUCACUGCUGCUUUGCCUGUGCUUUCUGCUUUUAAUGUUUCUUCCUCUUAACUUCCCUCUCACUUCUGUUUCAUCGCACCUUCCUAACUAAGCUUUUUCUUAGCAACUAGUCCUCUUUUUGACUGUUUCUCAGUAGGUUUCUUUCUCUCUCUCUCUCUCUCUCUCUCUCUCUCUCUCUCAAUCUCUUAUCCUCUCACCUACUCUCUUUUGGAUGGAUAGCUACUCCCUCCUCUACAGUUCCUCCCACAGAACCAGGCUUCUCUCCGGCUUCCAGCGUCUGCGCUCUCAGAGAAACAUGUGUGAUGUCGUCCUAGAGGCUGGCGGUGUAUCUUUUCCUUGUCAUCGCGCCCUUUUGGCCAGCUCCAGCGAGUAUUUUUGGGCUCUGUUUGGAGAGACUACCGUGGAGAGAUUAGCUGGAUCCAUUAGCCUCCCUGCGCUAACACCUGAGGGUUUAAACGUCAUUCUGGACUUCCUGUAUUCCGGCUGGCUCAAGGUAUCACCGCCUACACUUCCUGUUGUCUUGGAGGCAGCCAGGUACUUGCAGGUGGAGACGGCUGUGUCAAUAUGCGAGCGCUUUCUGACUGAUGGUUUAAACGCUGAGAAUUGCUGUUGCUAUGCUAACCUGGCUGAGCAUCACACCCUCUUAGAUGCACUUAAAGCUGCCAAUCAAACCAUCGCUAUGGAGAUGGGGACAUUGUUGCAAGAAAGCAGGGAUGACCUUCUUGGGCUGAAUAUCGAAUCAAUGAUGGCGGUGCUCGAUGCUGACGAAAUACCUGGUGUCAAAGAGGUGGAGCUUAUAAAGCUGGCUCUGGAUUGGCUUGAUGAGAAUGGACCCCUCCCUCUGCUGAAAUCAAAUCUUCUGCUGAGUCGUCUGCGCUUCGGAUUGGUCGCCUCCUCUGACCUGACCAAUAUAAACCACGCCCACAGAGCCAUGGCCACACCUCUCAUCAGAAGUCAGCUUACCCGGGCGUUGGAGUACCACAGGCUGGGUUCUGCUCAGCCAAUCAGACAGAGCAAACAGUCUACACUCAGAGCGUCGCCGAAUCGCGUGCUACUUGUGGGUGGAGGAUCCAGCCCUGAUUGGCCAGAACAGCAGAUUUUGGUGUUUGAUCCUACAAGUAGGAAGUUUUCAUCUCUGAGCUCCAGCAUCCCGCUGCGACUGAGAAAUCACUGUGUGUGCUCAGUGGGUGGUUUCCUCUUCGUGGUCGGAGGAGAAGAAGUGAAAGAGGGAGACGAGGAUGGGAAAAAGUCAGUCUCCGUGGCGACAUCCAACCAGGUGUGGCGCUACGAUCCUCGCUUCGUCUGCUGGGAGACGGUGGAGUCAAUGCUGGAGAGGCGGGCGCAGUUCACCUGCUGCAUCGUGGAGGAUGCCAUUUACGCCAUCGGGGGACGACGCACAGGACCAGACGGCAACACACACACCUCUGUAGCUUCUGUUGAGUUUUACGACAUGGCCACUGGAGCGUGGAGGAGAGGAGCAACGAUGCCUCGCCCCCUUUAUGGCCAUGCUUCUGCUGUGCUUGACAACAGCAUCUACGUGUCAGGUGGUGUCCCGGGCAACCAGGGCGGCAGUAACCCUGUUGAUAACCAGGAUGACCACAGAGCGAGUAGCAGAGAAGUCUUGUUCUGGGACCUCAAAGGCAGAGUCUGGGAGAAGCGAGCGUCCAUGUCCAUCGCCAGGUUCAGCCAUCGCCUGGCAACCGCCCACGGCCACAUCUACGCCCUGUUGGGAAUGUACGAGCCUUUCUGCGAUAUCGAACAAUACGAUACGCAGUCAGACCACUGGACCCGCCUUCGACCGCUUCUCAUUGGCUCCUUCAACUACGGGAUGGUGUCAACGCCGUCUGGGAAUCUGCUGGUGUUUGGAGGGAGGAGAUGGAGCGACGGACAGGAGGUGAUAGUGAAGAGUGUGUUGGAGUACGAUACAAAGAAAGAUCGCUGGAGAGAGAUCUGCCAGCUCCCCAGACCUCUCACUGGGACUGAGUGCACACUGCUGCCUCUACCAGACUGAAGUUCACUUAGUGUGAGAAAACGUUAACAUGAAAGUGAGUGAUGCAACAUAGUCUCAGAAUAAUGACAACAGAGCACACAUGAAUAACAUUUUAGGGAACUGAAACUAUUACCGUAAUUUCCCAUUUUGGGAUCAAUAAAAAAAAAGAAUCUAUCUAUCUAUCUAUCGAGUUUCGGGCAUGAAACUGUUCCAUCUCAUUUGAGAAGAACAGAUGUGCAUUAUUCCAAAAAAAAAAAAAAUAUUUUAAACAAGUAGACUUAAAGAAUACUUAAAGAAUUAGAUGAAAAGAUUGAUACCACAUGAAGCUAAUACCAGGAGCUGGUAGAUUAAAAUCAUUAGCUUGGAAUCAUUUUUACACUUUGGUUUUUGUAUGGAUUACACAAAUCACAUAUAAGCUUUACAGAUGCUUGUAGACAGAUUUGUUGCCUCUGGUCAGAGCUAGCUAGGCCAGCUGUUCCCCGCUUCAUACCUGUCCUUAUGCUAAGCUACUCUUCUACUUCUUAUAGGAGUAGUUAGACAUUUUGGGAAAUAUACUUCUUUGCAUUUUUGCCGAGUGUUUGAUGAUAAGAUUGAUAUCAUUGUCAUAUCUGUUAAAUAUAAAGCAACAACCAGGAGAUAGUUAGCUUACUUUAACACAAAGCACAACCUUAUGUAAGAUAUUUCGAUUAAACAAACAAGAUUGAAUUCAUUUGUGAGUUUUUGAGUUGUUUGUAGGCUGAUUUUGUUACCUUUGGACAGAGCUAGGCUAGCUGUUUCUCCCUGCUUAAAGUCGAUAUGCUAAGCUACUCUACUACUACUUGUAGAAGUAUAUUGACAUUUAGGUAUGUACACUUAUUCUCUUUUUUUGUUGAGAGUUAGAUGAGAAGAUUGAUACCAGUGUCUUGUUUGUGCGCUAAAUACGAAGCUUAAGCCAGGAGGAGGUUAGCGCUUAGCAGGAAGCACAAGACCUCCCGCAACUUAUCAUUUUUACAAUUCAGUUUUUGUACAGAUUUAAUAAACAAGAUAUACCAUGUUAAUAUGUGAGGUUAAGAGGUCUUUCUAAGCCUUUUUCCCCCUCCAGACAAAGCCAAGCUAGCUGUUUCCCCUGUUUCCAGUCUUUAUGCUAAGCUAAGCGAAACGUCUUUUGGAAAAACAUGUCAUGAAAAUGACACAGGAUAAAAAGUCUACUCAAUGAUCUGACAGAUUGUUGGAAAGUACUGACAGAGGAAAAUAUGCAAUUAAACUCUUUAGUUAUGUGUUUGUAUCAUCUAUAGGCAUACUUUUAAGUAACCUUUAUUUAUACUCGAGAAGUCAUUGAGGGAUGGCCCUCAUUUACAAUGACAUCAAGACAAAUUACAAAGACAAAAACAAAACAACA